AUGCAAGUAAUAUUAAUACUUAUUCUCCUAAUCAUUAAAUCAUGUAUAUGUCACGCUGAACAAUCAGAAGUAUCACAUGAAGAUGUAAUAAAAUUCAGUGACUCAAUUAUUUGUCCAUCAUAUUUAUUUCGUUGUGAUACCAUACAAUGUUUGCCAUAUGCAUUUGUUUGCAACGGAGAAUACAACUGUCACGAUAAAACAGAUGAAGUAAACUGUUCGACAGCCAUAAUUAACAAUGAUUUGUGUAAUAUAAAGAAUUCUAUUAAUUGUGAACAAGAUAUACUCCAUAGUACACGCCUUAUCGAUCAUGGUAUUCGAUUUGAAUAUACACAACCUAUCAAAAUCUGUAUUAAACGAUCUUCUGUUUGUGAUGGCAUUAUUGAUUGUCGUAAUGCAAUUGAUGAACAAUGUGCGCAACAAAAUCCAUUGAUAAGUUGUUCUCGAGAUGAAUAUCAUUGUAACAUAACCAAUCGUUGUAUACCAAAAACUUGGCUAUGUAAUGGUAUUAAUGAUUGUCUUGAUCCGUAUGCAUCGGAUGAGCUAGACUGUUCAACGACAAUUACAGUUACAUGUUCAUCGGAUGAAUUUACUUGUGAAUCAAAAAAUCAAUGUGUACCAUCGAACGCUGUUUGUGAUGGAGUUCAAGAUUGUGCUGAUAAAAGUGAUGAAUCUUCAACCACAUGCCGUUUUCCUCGUUUUUGUACUCCUGAUCAAUUUGCAUGUAGAUCAACUAAAUUAUGUAUACCAAAAUCAAAUGUAUGUGAUACAAUUACUCAAUGUCAUGAUCGUAGUGAUGAAAUGUCAUGUAGUUGUCCUAUUGAAGAUUAUGUUAGUCAAACAUUAUUCUAUCGUUGUGGUUUAACGGAUAAAUGUCUACCGAAAAAUAUGGAAUGCUACGUAAAAAAUGAAUGUAACUCAAUAUUUAUUGAUCAAAACAAUGAAAAUAAUGAAUGUUCUUCAUCAUCAUCAUUCUUUAUGGAACGGCCUUGUUCAGUUAAUAAUACAUGUUCAGAUGAAAAUCAAUAUUGUCGAGGUUAUUUCAAUAAACGUUGUGUUUGUCAAGCAGGCUUUCGAAUGAAUGAAACAACUGGCAUGUGUGAAGACAUAAAUGAAUGUCGUGAACGACUAGUAUGCGAUCAUUAUUGCAUAAAUACAUUGGGUUCAUAUCGUUGUUCAUGUCGUGAAAAUUAUCAAUUGAAAUCCGAUAAACACACGUGUAGACUUCGAAUGAGUACAGUUUCAUCCGCAUUUUUAUUUGGUAUAUUUGAUAAUGGAAUAAAUAAAUUGAAUAUGACCUACGAAAAUGAACUAGGAAAAAAAAGCAAAGAAUUGAUCAAUAACAAUAAGACACUUGUUGCAUUGACAAAUCACGCUUAUUUAAUCGAUUAUGAUCCUGUAGAAAAUUAUCUUUAUUUUGUUGAAUGUUCAAUGCCUAUUCGACCCGUAAUUAUGUCUUGUCCAAAGACACGUGGAAUAUUUCGAAUGAAUUUAAGUCAAAGUAUACUUAAAAAAGAAUUAAUUAUUGAUGGCCGUGAUUAUACAUCAAUUCAAUCGAUCGCUAUUGAUUGGUUACAUAGAAAUAUUUAUUUUGUUAAUACGCGUUUACAAACUAUUGAUGUUUGUCGUCUUAAUGGAAGUUUUUGCUAUAUUCUUCUUCAUCAAACUAUCAGUGAUUAUUUGCCACAACGCAUUGUUCUAUAUCCAGAAAAGGGUUUACUAUUCUAUACAGCUAUAGUUAAAUCGCGUGCUCAUCAUAUCGUACGUCUUGGUAUGGAUGGUACGAAUUUAAAGCUAUUGUUCACAUUGAAAACAACGAAUGAUGUUGAUAAUGUUAAUUAUCUUCGGCCAUUGUUAACAUUUGAUCGAAUAGCACAUCAUCUAUAUUUUUAUAACGGUCUCGAGAAAAUAUUUACAUUAAAUAUGCACGGCGAUGUUCUACAUAUACAAUAUCAAGCAGUACAAGGUUUUCAUUCGUUUAAAAUUUUUGCUGAUAAGAUGUACAAAAGUUUCGUAGAUGUACAAACUUCAAAUCUUAGUGACUUUCGAAUAAAUCCAAAACAUGCAAUUGGUACAACAUUGCUUGGACCUGGAUUUAUUUUUGAUCUUAACCGUGUCGUGCAAACAUUUCAUAAUAAAUCUUCUCGAUUUGGACAAGGAACAUGGUCAUUAAGUUCAUUGCAUAAUUUAUAUUAUGUUCGAUAUUCAAUUCAUAUGAAUGAUUUUAUUAUUGUUGAUCCUAAUGAAAAGAAAACCGUAGAAAAUCGAUGUGAACAAUGUGAACAAUUAUGUUUUCCAAAUGCAAUCAAUCAAACUGAAAUCACAUGUGGCUGCGCACAAUAUUAUAUUUUAGCUGAAGAUGGUCGAUCAUGUAAACGGAAAAGUGCUGAAAAUUUUUUCAAUUGUCCAAUAACAAAAAAAAGCAUUCCAUUUUAUCAACGCUGUGACGGAUCCCAAGAUUGUUUAUUUAAUGAAGAUGAAAAUAAUUGUGAAGAAUUCACUUGUAAUAAAACAUCAUUUUCUUGUUGGUCAAGUAAAAAGUGUAUAACACAUAAUGAUUUAUGUAAUAAAAUUGCCGAUUGCCCAAAUGGUGAAGAUGAGCACGAUGUUAUUUGUGGACAUUUUUGUGAAUGGCCUAGUCUAAGUUCUUGUACUAAAAAAUAUCCAAAUCUAUGUUCCGACGUCGAAUUUUAUUGUGAUGGAAAAUGCGUAUCGAUCAGUCAUCGAUGCGAUGGCCAACCUUAUUGUUACGAUGGCGCUGAUGAGCCAUUCGAUUGUGUUAAUGUCACAUGUCCGUAUGAAUAUUUCAAAUGUCCAUCAACCGGCAAAUGUAUUCCACUAGAAAAAGUUUGCGAUAAUUUUGAUGAUUGUCCAACAAUAGAUCAAGCAAAUAUUGCUCGUGAAGAUGAAACAUCACAAGCAUGCAAUUUUGUAUUACAUCAUUUCAAUAAUUUAACGACAACUCCAACAAAUAUUCACAUCAGUUGUGAAUCAACUAAUUUAUUUCGAUGUAAAACCAAUAAUUUUUGCAUCAAUCGAACAUUUGUUUGCGAUGGUGAUCUCGAUUGUUCGGAUUCGUCGGAUGAAGAAAAUUGUGACGAUAAAAAUGGUAUUCUACCAUUAUCAGUCGUUAAAGAUUAUACAUGUAUGAGUGGCUAUCGUUGCACACAACAACGGCAUGAACAGUAUGAUUAUAUACCAUUGUGUAUACCAUUACAAGAAUUGUGUGAUGGUAUAACUCAAUGUCCAUUAGGAGACGAUGAACAUAAAUUACAUUGUCAAACUUGUCCAAAUUGUGAUUCAACAUCGAGCUUUUGUGAAAUGGACAAUCGUAUACCUUUUUGUCAAUGUAAAAAUGAUUAUGUUAAAAUAGAAAAUGGAAGUUGUAUAUUAGAAACUAAUCUAUGCAAUUGGUCCUAUGGUACAUGUGCACAUGCCAAUAGUUCACAGAAAAAUGAUGAUUUCGAUGUAUGUUUAAAGAAAAAAUCGACAGUUCAAAUGUCGGAUUGUCAAUGUGAUCGAGGCUUUGAAAUACAAAAAAACAAUAAUCAAAUAUCAUGUGUAGUUAAGAGUAAUCGAACCAUUGAUAUGAUGCUAGAUCGUCGUGCAUCAUUCUCCCUUAAUCAGCAGGGUUCAAGCUUUUUUUCUGUCAAUCCUUCACAUCGUGUGAUUGAUGCAGCAUUUGUAUCAACUGAUGACGGAUGGUAUUUAUUGUAUACAGAACAACGAAAUGGCCGUGGUUAUAUUUGGCGACAAAAAUUAAAUCAUACUCUUCAUUCAAAUAAUAGUUUUCACAGCAAUGCUACACAGAUAUGGUCAUCGGAAAUGUUUUAUUUUACUUCAUUGGAAGUUGAUUGGAUUCAUCGUCUUGUAUAUGUACUCUAUGAUGAUCCAUCAUCAUCAUCAUCAUCACCAAAUGGUAUUGAAAUCUUACAUGCUAACAAUGAGUAUACUAAAUUGAAAUUCAUGAAUCGAUUAACAUUUUCGACUAUGAAAACAAUUUCUUCGAUUAAUGUACAUCCAUUACAAGGGUACCUUUAUAUUAGUGCCUAUUACGAUGCUCAACAUUCACUUGUUUAUCGAAGUUUACUCGAUGGAUCAAAUCUUGAAACAUUUAUUAGUCUUCAUCGACCCGUAUUAAGUAUGACAAUUGAUUAUCGUCAUCCACGUUUAUAUGUUAUAUUAUCCAGUGGUGAAAUUGAAAGUUAUGCUAUAGAUUCAAGUCAACCAUGGAAGAAAACUGUUUAUUAUUUUAAAAAUGUACGUCCUUAUUUCAUUGAUCUCCAUGAUGAUACACUUGUUGUCAUGACAUAUAAUUCAAGCGAUUCAACAUUUCAUGAAAUGUGGCUAGAAAAAUUUGGCACACUAGCCACUGAUCAAUAUCGAACAUUUUACGUACCGAUGUUUAUUCGGUACAUACACGAAUUAAAAUAUCCGAAUGCUGACACAUCAAAUAUGGUCAAGCCAGUUUGUUCCACUACAUCGUGUCCAGAUGAUCGUGUAUGCAUUUCGACUCCUUCUUAUCAACCACUUUGUAUUGUACCAGGAAUAUUAAAUUUAUGCGGUUCAUCAUGCCAUAGUCGUGGCAUAUGUUCUAAUGGUCAAUGUGUAUGUUCGAAUCGUACAUACGCCGGUGAUGAUUGUGAAAUGUGUCGAUUAACAAAUUCAAUCAAUGUUGGUUGUUCACAUAUUGGUAAUGAUUCUCAACCACCGUGUAUGUGUUAUUUAUCACAAUCAAAUCGACGAAAAACACCAUAUUUAUGUACAGUACUGAGAACUGAUCGGGGCGAACUGGAAGUACCAUGUGAUCGUAUUAUAUCACCAUUAAAACGUGAACAAUGUUCUCGAUUACUGUUCUUUGAACCCUCAUGUGAAAGUACAACUCAUUCGUUAAUAUAUCAUAUGCAAACGCAGACAUGCAUGUGCAGAGAAAUCAAUAACAAAACAUUUAAUUGUUAUAAUAAUGGUCUUUUAAUUAUUAAUGAUGACGAUAAUUCAACGAUGUGUUCGUGUCCGUUGCCGUUUACUGGUAAUCAAUGUCAGAUAGAUUUAUGUCAAAAUAAUUGCCAAAAUAAUGGUCAAUGUACACUAAAUGGAAGUUAUAUUAGUUGCAAUUGUCCGAACGGUUUCAGUGGUAAACAAUGUCAAAAUAAUUUGUGCCAAUUGAUGAAUUGUAAAAAUGAAGGGAAAUGUUUUAUAGAAAAAAAUCAAGCAUUCUGUCGUUGUACGAAUGGUUUUACUGGUGACUAUUGUCAUAUUCAAAUAAAAUUAAAAUGGCGUCGAUGGAUUAUGUUAAUUAUUGUGUGUGUAAUUUUAGGUUUACUUAUUUUCAGUUUUAUUCGUUAUAAUUCGAAAAUAAUUCGUUUAAAACAUUUAUUUUCACAUCAUCGUCUUCAUGAACAAAUUGGUUUAGAAGCAAAUCCUGUUUAUCAAUAUUUGCCAACACAAGAAAAUCAUAAUCAUGAUCGAUUGUUAGAAGAUGUUCUAUCGGAUGAAGUUGAAACAUCAAUACCAACAAUGAUUAUGAAUAAUUCAAAUUCUAGAACAGAUGAAUUUCUCGAUGAUCCUUUUUAUGUUGAUGAAAAACAGCCCAUAUUUAGUGGCGAUCGUCUAACAAGUCGAUCAAAUAAUACAGGACUUUUAUAA